GUGGUUGCUUACAGGGAGAGAGAGAGAUUUGGAUGGGACAGCCUUCCUUUUAGCCUUCCUCACAGAUUGUCUUUAUCAGCAUGGAAGGUUUGACAGAUCAAGACGUGCAAAAGUACCGGGAUGAGGGCUAUCUGGUGCUGGACGGCCUUCUGUCCCCAGAUGAGUGUGAUGCUUUAAGGGACCGUAUGAGUGAGAUCAUUGAGCGGAUGGAUGUUCCUGAACACUGCAGGACACAGUUCUCCACUGACCACGACGAGCAGCUUAAAACACAGGGAAAUGCAGACUAUUUUAUCACAAGUGGAGACAAGAUCCGUUUCUUCUUUGAGAAAGGAGUGUUUGAUGAUAAAGGAGAGUUCAUUGUGCCAAAAGAACAGUCCUUGAAUAAAAUCGGACAUGCUCUCCAUGCUUAUGAGCCGCUGUUUAAAGCAGUCACCCACUCACCCAAAGUUCAAAAUGUGAUUAAGAAACUCGGGCUGAUAAAUCCAGUGAUUCUGCAGAGUAUGUACAUCUUUAAGCAACCUGGGAUUGGUGGAGAAGUGACCCCUCACCAGGACGCCACCUUCCUUUACACGCAGCCUCUGGGAAGAGUGAUGGGCAUAUGGAUCGCUCUGGAAGACGCUACGCUGGAGAACGGCUGUCUGUGGUUCAUACCGGGAUCACACAAUGAUGGGAUUUCCAGGCGAAUGGUGCGGACACCUAAAGGCACGUUUCCUCUGACUGAUUUCAUUGGCCGAGAGAAGAACUACGACGACAAGCUCUUCAUUCCAGCUCCUGUGAAAAAAGGUGGAGCAGUUCUGAUUCACGGUGAAGUCGUCCACCGCAGCGCCGCAAACACCUCCGACGCCUCGCGCCACGUUUACACCUUUCACAUCAUGGACUCUCAAAACACCGUUUGGAGUCCUGAGAACUGGCUACAACCAACAGAAGAGCUGCCCUUUCCGUCUCUCUACACUUAAAAUCAGAAAUAACACUAAAACAGGCCUGAUAACACGUCAACAAUGAUGCUGAAGAGAAAUCAGGACAGUCACAUGACUAUAAUGAGCCUUUUUAAUGUCUGGACCAACGAUCAUCCCUUUAAAUAUGAAGUUUUGUGAAUGGACCAAAAAAUGUGAAUCAUUUUAAAUCAUCUGUAUAUUUUAUCUACAACCACAACAGUGUUAAUAAAAGGCUAGUUUUUGUUAAA